AUGGCGUAUGUUGUUGGGCAAGAUACGAGAUGCGACGUUGGGGAAGCUCUAGUUCGGCUAAGGAGGAGAAGGGAGUGGAAUAGAUCGGGUAGGUGGUCUCACUCGCCCGGCUGGGGACUUGAUAGGCAGAGACGGUCAUCCAGUGAUAAAGCUGCGCUCGCUCGGCCAGGCGUUCUCGAGUGUACAAACGUCACCUUUGCGGAGUUGGAACAAGCUAUUGGGGACACUAGCCAGAGGCAUGGCGAGGCGUUAGUUGGUCCCGUGGAAGAGAUCAAAGAGAACAGAGAGUUGAAUAAUCCAUUGUCGUCCUCUUACACUCUGGCCAGAGGCGCGGAAUCAAAGCCACGAUUUGUGCGCGUGGAAGGGUUUUCCAAGGAGAUGCCUUCUAGGAGAGAGGAGGAUCGAAUCGGAGCUAUAGGAGGCGCAAUUUGGCCUGUUCUUAAUGCGAGAGAAGCUCCAACACCCACACGUGCGACUCGCCAUCGAUUUAACCAAAGCUGGCACCCCAAUCAAAAAAGGACGUCGCCCACCGUUACGAUACACCUCGAGCGCUGUUACGAGAUCGGUGCGAUCAUGUUAAAAACAAGGUUAAAGGAUCAUGUACUCGUCACGCCACUGGACCUGGAAUUGAAAAAUAACAAAAUUGGAUUUGCGCUCCCAAGCAAGUGGGAGAGUGCGCAAAAAGGGGGAGAGAACGAGUGUCGAAUGGGAAUACAAAUCACUAGACUCUUCAGGGAUGAUCAGAUUCUGUGUGGGGAGGGCAGCGUUGGUCGUUUGAUUCUUUCGAAGGACGAGUCGAGCGCAAGACACCCAGAGGCAGCGAGAAAAGGGAGCCGCUGCCUCUCCUUUUUGCACUUGAUCCUCAUAGAGAAUGAUGGCCAGCUCACGUGCAUCCACAUCACAUAUCAUUCUCUUGCAUCCAUCUUCAUACAGACCUCUCCAGUGGACUGGCAUCUAAGUUGGUGGCUUGCGGCAAUUCCUAAAAUUCAAAGAGAAAAACCCCAGUCAUCUCUGGUGAUGCUCAAGCGUGCUACACGGAGAAGGGGAAGGGGCCCCUCGCGGAAGGGACGGACGCAACGAACGACUGCGUUGGAAAUUCCCCCAGACCGUCAGGGAGAAUCAUAA